AUGAACGCCGCCGACGGCCCUGCAGCUGGCGAGCCCGGUAAUGCGGACAUCAUCACUAUUUGGUCAGAGGCGGAGAACCUCUUCAAAGACACGGGCGAGCGGCGCGACUUCGCGCCGGGAGCUGCGGCGAGGUCCAUGCCGGCACUGCGGGAACAGAGGAAGAACCGCGAUUUCUGUGACGUCGUCUUCCGGGCUCCCGACGGUUCAGAAAUCUGGGCGCAUCGGUUCGUGGUGGCUGCCAGGUAUUCGGGCUGCUACGCGCUCUUCGCUCUCGCCAAGAAAGGCCUGAGCCCCGAACAGAAGUGGCUGCCGCCCAUGCGAGUUACGGUGGACGACCUCAGCAGCGAGAUGAUCCAGCUGCUGGUCGACGUCGCCUACCGCAUUCCCCUGUGUGACCUUGUAGGCCAGCACAACAUUGCAGAGGUGCUCGAGCUCGCCGAAAAGCUAGAGUUAAGCCAGCUGCUCAAUCACUGCGUGAACUUCCUCAAGCACGACCUCCAACCGGAAAGCUGCAUAGACAAUUACCACCUGGCAUCCAGCCGCGGUUACAACUACCUUGCCAGUGAAGUUUUCCGCUACCUGAUUCGCAACUUCGAUCAGUAUACGCCCUCUUGCAGCGCUGGCGGCUACACAGGUUUCUCAGUCCUGGAUACUGUGGAGUUUUACGAUCCGUCCACCGACGUCUGGACCCACAUGCAGUCCAUGCCCUGGCGACGCAGUGGUCACAAGUUGUUAGCCUACGGGGACAUGAUCUACAUCAUUGGCGGCAGCAACGGCGUCGCUCGCGUCUCCACCCUGCAGCAGCUUGACGUACAAAAACAUAGAUACUCCGAGCUACCCAGCAUGCCUCACGCCAAAAGCAACUUCGCCGCAGCCAUACUGGAAGGCUGUAUCUACAUCAUCGGUGGCUUCAAUGGUGGCGCGGACAGCAAGUUGGAUUUUGCGCGUGCCUUGAUUACUGCUGGGUAUCCGCUGCAGUGGCCUGAAUGA